GGAUAAAAUAACAAAAGAAUAUGAUAAUAUACGUGAACGUAUUGAAAAUUAUGUUCAAAAGUUUAUAAAUGAAAUUGAAAAACAACCUUUUUGGACAGGAAAUGGUUUUGAUAAUGGUGAAAAAUUAGAUUUUUUUAUUUCACUUGUUCAAACAGGACAAAAAAAAUUAUUAGCAAAAACUAUUACUGAUAAGGAUCUUAUUCAAUUAUCGGAUAAUUUACACACAAUGUCUGAUGUUGAUGAAAAAUUAAUUGAAUUAAUACAAUUUUCACAAUUAAAAUUAGAAUUUGAUGAAUUAUUACCAACGAAAAAAUUUAUUCAUCUAUCAGAUUUUCAAGAAAUAAAUAAUAAAGAUGACAAGUCAAUUAACAAUAAUGAAGAAAACGAUUGCAUUAGUCCAUAA